AUUUCCUCUAUUCAGUCGCCUGUAGCGAAUACUAGCGAUACAACUUUUCCCUCAAGGUCUCCUUGGAAGGGCAGCAGAAGAACCCGAGUGCGGUUCCGUUCGUGGAAAAUGCGGAGAACUUCAGGAGGUCUCUGUAAGCGGAUCUUUUUAGGGAACGUCGUGGAGUUACUUUCGCAGAGGGUAGAAAUACGAGCAGCACGUUAAAGCCGAGUGUAUAUGCAUGUAGACAUGGCAGGGCUGUGCACAUCCGGGCCACAGGACCGUGACUCCAUUAUUUUCUGUUCACUGUGAAACUGGUUUUGAGAGGAACCAAAAAGCAACUCAAUAGCACAUUCGACUCGUUUUCAGUAAUAGUCAUCCUGGAUAAGGGACAAGGACAUGUCUAAUCAAGGAGUUAGAAGAAAUGGACCCGUCAAGUUGCGUUUAACAGUUUUGUGCGCAAAGAACCUGGUGAAGAAAGACUUCUUCCGGCUGCCAGACCCCUUCGCUAAGGUGGUGGUGGACGGUUCAGGACAGUGCCACUCGACAGAUACAGUGAGGAACACUCUGGACCCCAAAUGGAACCAACACUAUGACCUGUAUAUCGGGAAGUCGGACUCCAUCACCAUCAGCGUGUGGAACCAUAAGAAGAUCCAUAAGAAACAGGGAGCAGGAUUCCUGGGAUGUGUACGACUCCUCUCCAACUCCAUUAACCGACUCAAGGACACAGGCUAUCAGCGUUUGGACCUAAACAAAUUGGGGCCCAAUGACAGCGAUACCGUGAGGGGACAGAUAGUAGUUAGUCUUCAGUCCAGGGACAGGAUAGGCACAGGAGGGCCAGUCGUUGACUGCAGUCGUCUGUUUGACAAUGACCUGCCUGAUGGCUGGGAGGAGAGGAGAACUGCAUCUGGCCGGAUCCAGUAUCUAAAUCAUAUCACACGCAGCACCCAAUGGGAGAGACCUACCAGGCCUGCGUCCGAGUACUCGAGUCCCGGCCGGCCACUCAGCUGCCUGGUGGAUGAGAACACGCCCAUCAUGACUCCCAACGGGGCAGCGGGCGUACCUGCGGAUGACCCACGGGUGCAGGAGCGGAGGGUUCGCUCUCAGAGACACAGAAACUACAUGAGCAGAACUCACCUACACACACCGCCCGACCUGCCAGAGGGAUAUGAGCAACGGACAACGCAGCAGGGCCAGGUCUACUUCCUGCACACGCAGACGGGCGUCAGCACAUGGCACGACCCCAGAGUGCCCAGGGAUCUCAGUAAUGUGAAUUGUGAGGAGUUGGGUCCGCUGCCUCCAGGCUGGGAGAUAAGGAACACCGCCACAGGACGGGUGUACUUUGUGGACCACAACAACCGGACCACACAAUUCACAGACCCGCGUCUCUCAGCUAACCUGCACCUCGUCCUAAAUCCCAGUCCGAAUGGCUCCCGUGGGGCCGUUGAGGCUCAGAGCAGUCGCCCCGGACAGCUGAAGCAGGAGGCUCAGUCGGUCAUAUCUCCCAUAUCUCCCGGAAAUCUCCCCGAGGACCCCGAAUGUCUCACGGUGCCCAAGUACAAGCGAGACCUGGUGCAGAAACUGAAGAUCCUGAGGCAGGAGCUGUCCCAGCAGCAGCCUCAGGCGGGACACUGUCGCAUCGAGGUUUCGCGUGAGGAGAUCUUUGAGGAAUCAUACCGGCAGGUGAUGAAGAUGAGGCCGAAGGACCUGUGGAAGAGGUUAAUGGUCAAGUUCAGAGGAGAGGAAGGUCUCGACUAUGGUGGAGUCGCUAGGGAGUGGUUAUACUUGCUGUCGCACGAGAUGUUAAAUCCAUACUACGGACUGUUCCAGUAUUCCCGAGACGACAUCUACACGCUACAGAUCAACCCGGACUCUGCCGUUAAUCCUGAGCAUCUGUCCUAUUUCCACUUUGUGGGGAGGAUUAUGGGAAUGGCUGUUUUCCACGGCCACUAUAUAGACGGAGGCUUCACUCUGCCUUUCUACAAGCAGUUGCUCGGGAAACCCAUCACUCUGGAUGACAUGGAGUCAGUGGAUCCAGACCUCCACAACAGCCUCGUUUGGAUCCUAGAUAAUGACAUCACGGGGGUGUUGGACCACACGUUCUGCGUAGAACACAAUGCAUACGGAGAGAUCAUUCAGCAUGAGCUGAAACCCAACGGCAAGAGCAUCGCCGUCACCCAGGACACCAAGAAGGAGUAUGUGAGGCUGUAUGUGAACUGGCGGUUCCUGAGGGGCAUCGAGGCUCAGUUCCUGGCCCUGCAGAAAGGCUUUAAUGAGGUCAUCCCACAACAUCUACUCAAGGCGUUUGAUGAGAAAGAGUUGGAGCUUAUUGUGUGUGGACUGGGGAAGAUCGAUAUCAACGACUGGAAGUCUAACACCCGUCUGAAGCACUGCACGCCUGACAGUAACAUCGUGAAGUGGUUCUGGCGGGCCGUGGAGUCGUACGACGAGGAGCGGAGAGCCAGACUGCUGCAGUUCGUCACCGGCUCCUCCAGAGUCCCGCUGCAAGGAUUCAAAGCCCUGCAAGGUGCCGCUGGACCACGACUCUUCACCAUUCACCAGAUUGAUGCCAGCACCAACAACCUGCCCAAAGCACACACUUGCUUCAACCGUAUCGACAUUCCUCCAUACGAGAACCACGAUAAACUCUACGACAAACUGCUGACGGCCAUCGAGGAGACCUGCGGCUUCGCUGUGGAAUGAUGGGCAGCGGCCAGUGCUCGCAGAGGAACCUUUCUCCAGGCGGGACAGUCCUGUCAGACAGCCGACAGGGCCUCACGAGGACGCUCCGACGGAAGGGUGGAUUACACCGCAGCAUUCAACGCCUGAUGCUGCUAUACAGAUCUUUCUGCAUUAUUUGAAAAGAAGAGAAGAAAACAGUGAAUCUUUUCAGCUGCUAGUAACUCUUUAACUCACUAUUUUGGAACCUCCUCUUCCUCUUUUUUUCAAUUCUUUUUAAGUCCAUACUUUGAUUAUUAGCAUUAAGACAACAUAUUAACAGUAUUUCAUGUAGCAUUUUCACAGACUAGACUUUAGGAGAGGCCGAACUUUAGCAGGGCACGCAGAACAAAAGCGUCCCGGCAUAAGCUUACGUAGAAGCACUACUGUCCUUACCGAAGACGAGACGAGAGGAAGAUGCCAAUGUCAACAACAAAAAAAAGUUUGUCAUUUGGGACUUGAAACUUUUGUUGUUGCACAGGGUGCUGAUGUUCGGCCCGCUUGGACUUUAGCAAGCCGCGAGACGACCUUCCUCUCGAUCAGGGAAC